AUAAAUUCCCGCGCACACUUCGUACUUUCCUCAUCCCUGAGUUCCUCGUCUUGCACAGCCAUCUCCUCUGCCAACGCAGGCGAGCAUGGCGCUUACUCGCGGCCUCAUCGUCGUCGUCCUCGGUGCCACAUUGCCGCUCCUCCUCCUCUCCCACGAAGCAGAGGCGAGCGAGGUUGGCGUGAGCUACGGGACGGUAGCGGUAGCCGGCAACUUGCCGGACCCGGCGAAGGUGUCGAAGCUGCUCAAGGAUAACGGCAUCACCAUGGUCAGGAUAUACGACGCCAACCCAUCGGUGCUCACGUCGCUGGCAAAUACCGGCAUCAAGGUCAUGGUGAUGAUGCCCAACGAGAACAUCGCAGCCGCCGCCACGGACACAUCGUACGCGCUCCAGUGGGUGCAGAACAACGUGAAGGCCUACUACCCCGCCACGCAGAUCAACGGCGUGGCCGUGGGGAACGAGGUGUUCGACUCGAGCCCGGACUUGACCUCGAAGCUCGUCCCGGCCAUGACCAACGUGCACGACGCGCUGGUACAGCUCGGCCUGGAUGACGCCAUCAAGGUGUCCACGCCGGUUGCGUUCGACGCGCUCAAGGACCCGACCUUCCCGCCGUCCGCAGGCAGGUUCAAGGACGAAAUCGCCCAGUCGGUGAUGAAGCCCAUGAUCGACUUCCUGCAGCGGACAGGCUCCUCCCUCACAAUGAACAUCUAUCCCUUCUUUGCGUAUGCCACUCAAAAACCAGGCACAAUCUCCCUAGACUACGCCCUGGGCAACUCCAACCCCGGCGUGCUCGACGACCAGACCGGCCUCAUGUACUACAACCUCCUUGACGCCCAGCGUGACGCCGCGUACUACGCCGUGGAAGCUUUGGGCCAGUCUUCCGUUGCGAGUACCAUGAAAGCUUCGGGCCAGGAUGUCGGUGUGAGCAUGACAUAUACGGAGAGCGGGUGGUCAAAUAAAGGUACGAUCAAGCACGGCGGCGGCCGGAAGCUUCUGGACACAGAAGGCGCGGCGUCGAUAGCCAACGCCCAAGCGUACAACAAUAACCUCAUCAACCGCGUGCUGUCCGGCAAGACGGGCACCCCGCAUCGACCUGACGCCGGCAUGGACGUGUACAUCUUUGCCCUCUUCAACGAGAACGGGAAGGGCAGCUCCGACGACGUCGAGUCCAACUUUGGUCUGUUCUACCCAAACAUGCAGAAGGUAUACGAUUUCAGCUUCACAGGUAGCGGUGCGCCACCAGCACAACCGACGGCAAGCUGGUGCGUGGCGAACGCGGCGGUCGGCGACGCGCGGCUGCAGGCGGCGCUGGACUACGCGUGCGGCCACGGCGCCGACUGCAGCGCGAUCCAGCCCGGCGGUUCGUGCUUCGAUCCCGACACCAAGCUCGCGCACGCCUCCUACGCGGUCAACAGCUACUACCAAAACAAGGGCCGGGCAGCCAGCGCGUGCGACUUCAACGGCGCUGCCUCGGUAGUCUUCCAGAAACCAGCAGACACGUGUGGCGUAAAGCCGAUGACUUGGUGCGUGGCGAACACCGCGGUUGGAGACGCGCGGCUUCAGGCAGGGCUGGACUACGCCUGCGCAAACGGCGCGGACUGCAGCGCCAUCCAGCCCGGCGGCUCGUGCUUCCAGCCCGACACCAAGGUCGCGCAUGCCUCAUACGCAUUCAACAGCUACUACCAAAACAAGGGCCGGGCAGACGGGUCGUGCGACUUCAACGGCGCCGCCUCCGUCGUCAACCAGCAACCAGCCGGCACCUGCGACGCGUCGGCGACCUGGUGCGUGGCGAACUCGGCGGUUGGGGACGCACGGUUGCAGACGGCGCUGGACUACGCCUGCAGCAACGGUGCGGACUGCAGCGCCAUCCAGGCCGGAGGGGCGUGCUUCCAGCCCGACACCAAGGUUGCUCACGCCUCAUACGCGUUCAACAGCUACUACCAGCGCAAAGGCCGUGCGGCAGGGACAUGUGACUUCUCUGGCGCCGGCUCCAUCGUCAACCAGGCACCGAAGUUCGGAAACUGCGUGCUUCCAUCAAAUGGCUGAACUGAAGAAACAAACAAAGAAGUCUGAAGGCCAUAUAAGCAUACUGGGCACGUACUAUUACAUCUUACAGGGAUAGAUUCAUAAGAUCAUGUACUUUAGUGAAAAAAAUGAGUUUCAUCGUUUAUGUUAUAGAACCAGACAAUAAAACCCAACACCUGUAAAUCGGGUGCGUCUAGAGCCAAGACCAGCAAAGCCAGCAAGCUUUACACACCAUAGCAACACCCUUCUUUCUCAAAUUUCUCAUGUAGUGCAUGUCAAUGUUAAAUUUCACUGCCAAUCAAUAAGACUACAGUCAUUUACUUCUUAUCA